AACAUGUCUAAAGUAGAAAUGUUUAGAGUGGUGGUGAAUGAGCGUCUAAGUGCGGCUGCUGAAGAGAUACUCGGACUGUUUGAGAGAAGCAUAGCAGAGUAUGAAGAGGAACUUUUUCGUUCAAAGCGGGAGAACGAGCAGCAGCGCAAACUACUGGACGCUGUUUUGAAGCCUGAGGUUCGCUUACACAGAGCAGAUGUUCGAAAGGAGCCUCCACACACUAAAGAGGUACAGGUCAAACUCUGGAGAAUGCAGGAGGGAGAGCCGCCUCAAGGAUCUCUGCCUGUGAAGAGGGUAAAUUAUGAAGAGAAAGCUCAGUCCUUACAUCUCCAUCAGGGACAAGAAAAGGCUGAGCCUGCAGCCUGCAGCCGAGCCCAAUGCAUGGAAAAAGGGAUUGGCGAAAAGGACCGUGGAGGACCAGAACAAGCUGACACUAAAUUAAAGGAGGCGCAAACAGGUGCUUCUGUCAGCCAACCAGCUAGGGAGGGCGAUACUUCAAAUUCUUCUGAGCCUGAGACUGAAAACAGUGAUGAGGAUGACGAUGAUGAUGAUGGAAAGGAGACAAAAAAAACUAAAAAAACUCUGACUGGUGUUCCUGCAGCUGCUAAAGGAUGUAAUGAUGGCAAGAACUCUCUCAGAUGCUUCAGGUGUGGUAAAAUAUUUGACCUCAAGGACUGUGUGCAGAGCAAUGGAAAAAGUCCUCAGGGAAAGAGACCAUUUGUUUGCUCAGUUUGUGUUCAAAUAUCCACACAGAGUAAACAUUUAGUUUCACAAAAGACUCAAUAUGGGAAGAAAACCUUUGGCUGUUUAGUCUGUAAGAAACAAUUUAGCUUCAAAGGAGAUGCUGUGAGACAUGUCAGGAUUCACACAGGGGAGAGACCCUAUACCUGCACGGUUUGUGGUAAAAAAUUCUCGCAGAGCACAGGUCUGGCCUCACACAUGAGAACCCACACGGGAGAGAAGCCGCACAGUUGCCCGCUCUGCCCCAGACGGUUCAUCCGGACAGGCCUUCUGGUCAGACACAUGAGAGUUCACACAGGAGAGAAACCUUACAACUGCUCGGCAUGCAACACAAGAUUUAGUCUGAGUCAGUCUUUGUUGAAACACAUGAGGAUCCAUACAGGAGAGAAACCAUACAGCUGCGAGGUCUGUGAUAAAAAGUUUUUACAAAAAGGACAUCUGACACAACACAUGACACUGCACACAGGGGAGAAGUCAUUCACUUGCCGUGUUUGUAAUAGAAAAUUCUCCAGACAGUCAAGUUUGAAAAACCACAGGUGUAAGUCCAGCAGCAGUAGCAGUAAAUAAAACUGCAGUACUGCAAUUGAGAAACUUCCCACUUAGAGUGUCUUAGGUUGCUUUCACAACCCAAGUCUGUUUGGUUUGUCCGAAUCAGAGUGAAAUUGAUACAUUUGGUUUGUUUUGUAUUUAGUCUGGUUGAUUUCACAGUGCAGAAAUGUAGCGGACCAAAUAAAAAAAAAAGAUUUGAAAGAGGGGCGCGAACGAAGAUGGAGGGCUGGAAAUCUACUCGCACUUUUACUUCUUAUUGGUUAAAAAGUUGGCGGUGAAGAAUGCAAACACGGAAAUAAACAAAGAAACGUGGAACUGAGCGCAAACCGAUUACCUUUAAUUAAACCGCUGUAACCUGCUUUGGUGUUCCAACCAAACUAAUGUGGAGAGCCAACAAUAAGUUGAUCCAUUAUUUCCACAGACGAUGUGCUGCGAUCAGACAGCUGUAGAAUCAGAGAAGGCGAGGCUUGAUGCUCCUAGCACGAUCUGCUAUUUUAGAGCAACAUGUUGAUAAUCCUGCAAAUGACAAAUUAGCUUUAGCUCAGUGGUAGCCUACAGAGUGAAACUGAAGGACACAAAUGUCAUCUUUAUAAUAUUAUCUGUGUUAAUCUCACUACGCAGAUAGCCCAAAAUCGAAUGCAUUUGUUUAAUUUCCUUUAGUUGAGUCGAUUCUGGUCGGAUUACGUUCACAGUGGAAUCGAACCACUCCUCUCUGCAAGAGGUCUCGGACCAGUUAUUUUGGUGUGCACCAGAGUACGAUUGGAGCAUUCACAAGUGACCAAACGAACCAUAACAAGGCUUAAAUCGCACCAGAGAUCCAUUGAAACAGACUAAACUUUGGGUUGUGAAAGCGCCCUUACUAUCUGCCCCUAGAUGGAUUGUGUUGUGGAGCUGGAGCUGUAAACCAUCUGAUAGCCUUUAUACAUUGGGUGAGGGUUGUGGAACAUCCUUGAUAGGUAGCCUGACUAUUUCAGGGCUGACAGAUGACAAUAGCGUGAUGGAAACACCAAAAUUCGAAGAAAAAAGAUGAGCAUUUAAGUUUUUACGAUCCACAGUCAUGAGAACAGCAAAGAAAGUUUCAUCUAUUAAUCUGACUUUUGGGACGUGGAGACUCUACACAGAAGGAGCCACGCUGGGCAGCAAGCUCCAACCUGGAAACCUCUUGCGUUGCUGCGGGAAUUUAAUCAAAAAAUAAUUGAAAGUUGCAUCUUGUUAUUUUACCAGUGGAAAUAAA